GUCGCCCGCUCAAAGCUCAAACUAUUUCCACGUUCAUUUCUGUAUCUUGUCUCUUGUCUCGGCUCCUGUAUAUUCUGAGGCUCUCUCAGUCACUCAUUUCACGGGCCAGCAUGGCCAGGUUCCCGUUUUUCCGCAUCCUCCUCCGAGGAAACACACCAGCAAAACUCCUCCUUCUCUUCUUCGCCGUUGUAUUCUUCUUUGCGUUCCCCUUCUCAUCUCGACCUACGUCUAUCUUUGCCGAUCCUGCGCUCAGAGAAAAAGCCGAGGUUGCUCCUCUAUCGGAGCUUGCCAGUGUCUAUGACCAAGUAAGGCUAGACAUCCUGGACGCUCGGCGGUUCAACGGCUCUCAUGCUGCAGAGAAGUUGAGAGCACCCAAAACUCUACCAGACGGAACACUCAACUUUGACCCGGAUCUUGAGACCUACGUGGCGAGAUUGAGAGGAUUUGUCAAUAAUUAUCUUCGCAGCGCCCCUGCUCAUAUCCAAAUCGCGGGAAGUAAUACCCUCACGACUUUGGUCAGGCGGUUGCCGGCGAAGCACAGGGAUGGCGAUUUUCCUUCAAAGGUGUGGGCAACUCAUCCUCGAGGUAUGGAUGGAGUCGAAAGCGGGUUUGAGCUCUGGGGAGAGCUUCUGCCCUUUCCCUUACCUCCAUCCCUUGCCAAUCAGCUGUCGCCUAACCAUGAGGUCGAGUUCCUCAAGCCAGCGAGAGUAGGGAAGGAUUGGGAUGUCGAGGUGUUGGAUGAUGAUGCACUGGAUAGCGCAAUGUCUGAAUGGACGGGCGAGGAUAUUGGAAGAGGGAUUACGGGAGAAGGCAAGUGGAGUCAGCUAUGGGGAAAGCUGGAUAAGGGUGUGCUGAGAGCGGAUCUCUUCCGCUAUGUCUCGAUGCUCGUAGAAGGAGGCAUCUACUCAGACUCUGACACUAUGCCCAUCUCUCAUCCAUAUGUAUGGGGCCUUCACGCCCCCUCGAUCCUCGACCAAGAUCUUGAAGUUCUCAACGAUCUGAUGGUAUCAUCAUUACUCCCGAAGUUCCCAACCCACAACCGACCCCCCCGAGUCGACUCUCGAUCUAUCGUAGAUAGCGACAACAGCACAUACGUCCCACCUUAUCCUGGCUUGCGUCUCACUCGACGUGCUCCUGUAUAUACAGUCGAGAACCCCAAUCCGUCAAGUAUCUUGAACCCCUCGAUAUCCAUGGUUGUCGCUAUUGAGUGGGAUAGUCAAAUUGGACGCACCCUGGGAAUGUGGAAACAAUGGACUUGGUUCAGGGCUACGAGGAGUUGGAAAGACUGCUGUUUCCCGAGAGGACUGCAGAUGGUCCAGAAUCUUUUAGUGUCGAAACCUUUUCAUCCUAUCAUGAUGGAUAUUGUGGCUACUAUUGCGCAGCUCGUAGAGACAGGACUUUACGAGAAGUUAAGUCCAUUGGAACUUACUGGCCCUGGGCCUUUUACGGAUGCUGUCUUUCGAUAUUUAUUGGUGCAGUACGGCGUCACUCCAGAUGAAUUGAGAGCUCUGAGAGGUCCGGUGCGAGUUGGUGACAUAUUAAUACUGCAAGAGGAAGCAUGUCAUGCGCCCAGAAAGGCUAUCCAACGGCUCAAGGCCUUUGUAGACUCUUUGCAUCUCAAGCUGGGGACGAACAGGCAUGGGAGGUUCAGUCCAUGGCUGUUCGGGCUAGGGUACAAAGAUUGGAAGAGUGGAGGAGUGAAGGUGGCGUAUCAUGGAUUGACUGGCAUCUGGAAGUAGGGGAUUUAGCAUUGAGCAUCAUGCGAUGAUAGAUCUUGAUACAUCUGUACUUUAGCAAAGAAUCUAAACUGUCAUGCGAGGAGGGAAUUUAUACCAACAAUAGUCAUGCUGGUUGUGCUAGCACAUGUUCGGGUUUAUUGGAAGUCAUCCCUAUCUU